GAGCAGCGACCCAGUUGGAGCGGAGAGGAGCAACAGGAACGUUUACGAGUCUUGGGUCAAGAUGGGCAUCAAGGUGAGACCGCAUCAUCACGCUGCAACACUCCACUACAUCAGAUCCUCUCAACUGUUCCACACGAACCUCUGCCGAGCACCCGCGUUGUUCCUUCUGUCGAGCAGCGACCCAGUUGGAGCGGAGAGGAGCAACAGGAACGUUUACGAGUCUUGGGUCAAGAUGGGCAUCAAGGUGAGACCACAUCAUCACGCUGCAACACUCCACUACAUCAGAUCCUCUCAACUAUUUCACACGAACCUCUGCCGAGCACCCGCGUUGUUCCUUCUGUCGAGCAGCGACCCAGUUGGAGCGGAGAGGAGCAACAGGAACGUUUACGAGUCUUGGGUCAAGAUGGGCAUCAAGGUGAGACCACAUCAUCACGCUGCAACACUCCACUACAUCAGAUCCUCUCAACUGUUCCACACGAACCUCUGCCGAGCACCCGCGUUGUUCCUUCUGUCGAGCAGCGACCCAGUUGGAGCGGAGAGGAGCAACAGGAACGUUUACGAGUCUUGGGUCAAGAUGGGCAUCAAGGUGAGACCACAUCAUCACGCUGCAACACUCCACUACAUCAGAUCCUCUCAACUAUUUCACACGAAACUCUGCCGAGCACCCGCGUUGUUCCUUCUGUCGAGCAGCGACCCAGUUGGAGCGGAGAGGAGCAACAGGAACGUUUACGAGUCUUGGGUCAAGAUGGGCAUCAAGGUGAGACCACAUCAUCACGCUGCAACACUCCACUACAUCAGAUCCUCUCAACUAUUUCACACGAACCUCUGCCGAGCACCCGCGUUGUUCCUUCUGUCGAGCAGCGACCCAGUUGGAGCGGAGAGGAGCAACAGGAACGUUUACGAGUCUUGGGUCAAGAUGGGCAUCAAGGUGAGACCACAUCAUCACGCUGCAACACUCCACUACAUCAGAUCCUCUCAACUGUUCCACACGAACCUCUGCCGAGCACCCGCGUUGUUCCUUCUGUCGAGCAGCGACCCAGUUGGAGCGGAGAGGAGCAACAGGAACGUUUACGAGUCUUGGGUCAAGAUGGGCAUCAAGGUGAGACCACAUCAUCACGCUGCAACACUCCACUACAUCAGAUCCUCUCAACUAUUUCACACGAAACUCUGCCGAGCACCCGCGUUGUUCCUUCUGUCGAGCAGCGACCCAGUUGGAGCGGAGAGGAGCAACAGGAACGUUUACGAGUCUUGGGUCAAGAUGGGCAUCAAGGUGAGACCACAUCAUCACGCUGCAACACUCCACUACAUCAGAUCCUCUCAACUAUUUCACACGAACCUCUGCCGAGCACCCGCGUUGUUCCUUCUGUCGAGCAGCGACCCAGUUGGAGCGGAGAGGAGCAACAGGAACGUUUACGAGUCUUGGGUCAAGAUGGGCAUCAAGGUGAGACCACAUCAUCACGCUGCAACACUCCACUACAUCAGAUCCUCUCAACUGUUCCACACGAACCUCUGCCGAGCACCCGCGUUGUUCCUUCUGUCGAGCAGCGACCCAGUUGGAGCGGAGAGGAGCAACAGGAACGUUUACGAGUCUUGGGUCAAGAUGGGCAUCAAGGUGAGACCACAUCAUCACGCUGCAACACUCCACUACAUCAGAUCCUCUCAACUAUUUCACACGAAACUCUGCCGAGCACCCGCGUUGUUCCUUCUGUCGAGCAGCGACCCAGUUGGAGCGGAGAGGAGCAACAGGAACGUUUACGAGUCUUGGGUCAAGAUGGGCAUCAAGGUGAGACCACAUCAUCACGCUGCAACACUCCACUACAUCAGAUCCUCUCAACUAUUUCACACGAAACUCUGCCGAGCACCCGCGUUGUUCCUUCUGUCGAGCAGCGACCCAGUUGGAGCGGAGAGGAGCAACAGGAACGUUUACGAGUCUUGGGUCAAGAUGGGCAUCAAGGUGAGACCACAUCAUCACGCUGCAACACUCCACUACAUCAGAUCCUCUCAACUAUUUCACACGAAACUCUGCCGAGCACCCGCGUUGUUCCUUCUGUCGAGCAGCGACCCAGUUGGAGCGGAGAGGAGCAACAGGAACGUUUACGAGUCUUGGGUCAAGAUGGGCAUCAAGUGUACGUGGCAAUGCUGGGACCGCUCCCCGCACGUCCAACACUUCACAAAGCACCGCGACGAGUACGUGGCGCUCGUGCGCGCGCACAUCCGCGACCACGUUGUACUUGCGCAGCAGGAGAAGUCGCGCGCGCACGCCUAGCGCACCACUAGUAUAGGACAUAGUGCUUAAGAUAAAUAUAGAUGAAAGUGAAGCGUAACCGUUAAUUUGUGUUUGGAAAACCGAUACCAAACUAAAUGUGUGCAAUA